CUCAGAGGGCAGCGCGAUGGCGGCCUCGCAAGGCGACGGAUCAGCGGCGAUCGGCAUCGACUUGGGCACGACGUAUUCGUGUGCUGCCGUGUGGCGGGGCAACCACGCCGACAUCAUCGCCAACGACCUGGGCAAACGCCUCACGCCGUCCUACGUGGCGUUCACUGGCGCCGGGAGGCUCGUCGGCGAGGCGGCCGUGAAUCAGGCCGCCCUGAACCCCACCAACACCAUCUACGAUGUGAAGCGACUGAUCGGCCACCGGUUCAGCGACGAGUCUGUGCAAGAAAGCAUCAAGGUGUGGCCUUUUAAGGUCGUUGCCGGCCAUCUCGAGAAGCCGAUGAUCGUGGUGCAACACGAAGGCAAAGAGAGGCAGUUUAUGCCUGAAGAGAUCUCCUCCAUGGUGCUAGCCAAGGUGAAGGAGACCGCAGAGGUCUACCUAGGCACCACUGUCAAGAAGGCAGUCGUCACUGUCCCCGUCUACUUCAACAACUCUCAGCGCCAGGCCACAAUCGACGCUGGUGCUAUUGCUGGACUGGAUGUCAUGCAUAUCAUCAACGAGCCCACCGCAGCAGCCCUUGCCUACGGUCUUGACAAGAUGCCCACCACCGAUGGAGGGAGGACGGUGCUCAUCUUUGAUCUCGGUGGUGGCACCAUGGAUGUGUCUCUCCUUAACAUUGAUCCCGGUGUCGACAUAGGUAUGGGUCUCUUCGAGGUGAAGGCCGUCGCCGGUGACACCCACCUUGGUGGGGCUGAUUUUGACAAUGAGAUGGUGAAAUACUGUAUGCGGAAUUUCAUAAAGAAACACAUGAAGGUGGGCAUCAGAAAAGACCUGAAGGCGCGCCGGCGGCUGAAGACAGCCUGCGAAAAGGCAAAGAGGAUGCUAUCUUCCAUGGAAGAAACUAAAGUUGAGGUUGACUCGCUGCAUGACGGCAUCGACUUUUCUGAAACGAUCACCCGUGCCUGCUUUGAGGAGCUUAACAAGGACCUCUUCAGCAAGUGCUUGGAGGCCGUGAAGAAGUGCCUCCACGAUGCCAAGAUGGAGAAGAGCAGCGUUGAGGACAUAAUCCUCGUGGGAGGCUCCACCCGCAUCCCCAAGGUGCGGAGCAUGCUCCAGGACUUCUUCGAUGGGAAGGACCUCUGCCGGAGUAUCAACCCAGACGAAGCUGUCGCCUAUGGUGCUGCCAUUCAUGCUUCGGUUCUCAGUGGUGGAACAGGCGACGGGAAGGUGGGUGAUAUGCUUCUGCUCGACGUCACGCCACUAUCCCUUGGGGUGGAUAUCAAAGGAGACCUCAUGUCCGUCGUGAUCCCGAGGAACAGCACCAUCCCAACCAAGCAGGUGAAGGUCUUCGAAACCUCCUGCCACAACCAGAAAAUGCUGGAAUUCAAGGUGUAUGAGGGCGAGAGCAUGAGCACCAAGGACAAUAACCUGCUCGGUGAGUUCCUGAUAUCUGGCAUUCCACCGGCGCCUAGGGGCCUACAUAAGUUCCGUGUGACCUUUGACAUCGAUGCGAAUGGUGUCCUGAGCGUAUCGGCCAAGGACAGGACCACCGGGCUGAAGAACAGCAUCACCCUCACUAAUCACAGCGGUCGGCUGCACAAGGCAGAAAUUGAGUGUAUGGCACAAGAGGACCAGAGGUACGAAGCGAAUGAGACGACGGAAUCAAGUAAUGCCAAGAAGGCCAAGAGAAUUAAGCAUGAAAAGAACAUGGGCUACAUCACACUAGAUGCUUAAUGCUAGGACUGCUGUUAUUUUGCAACUUCUGGUUUGACUUAUGCUCAGGCUAUUAGUAGUACUGUUAUUUUGCAACUUCUGGCUUGACAUA